GGCGGGGCGGGCGCGCGGCGCGUGACGCGCGGGCGUGCUGACAUAGGGGCGGGGCCGCCGCGGCGCUCGCUUGGCCGCUGGGUGCUGGCGGCGCGUUGCGGGGGGUCGCGGCCGGGCCGGGCCGGCGCCGCGGGGAGGAUGAACUGGUUGUUCCCCCUGGCUAAGGGCAGCGGCUCCUCCUCGCCCGCCGCGCCGCUGCCCGCCCUCACCAGCCUGCAGCAGCAGAAGCAGCGGCAGAUCGAGUCGCUGCGCAGCGCCCACGCCGCCAUUGCAGAAAUUCAGAAAGAUGUGGAAUAUCGACUGCCAUUCACUGUAAACAACUUGACAAUUAAUAUUAACAUCUUGCUACCACCUCAAUUUCCUCAGGAAAAACCAGUCAUCAGUGUGUUCCCACCUGUGAGACAUCAUUUAAUGGACAAGCAGGGUGUAUAUGUGACCUGCCCACUAAUAAGUAAUUUUACAAUGCAUUCGGACCUUGGAAAAAUUAUUCAAAGUUUAUUGGAUGAGUUUUGGAAGAAUCCACCAGUUCUGGCUCCUAGCUCAACAUCGUUUCCAUACCUUUACAGCAAACCAGCUGGAAUGCCUCCAUAUGCUCCUCAGGGGUUUCCAUUUCUUCCUCCGUAUCCACCCCAAGAAGCAAAUAGAACUAUAGCCCCUGUGCCAGUUGCUGAAUCAGUUCCUUCAAGUUACACUCCAGAUAAGCCUGCUGCUCCCUCUUAUGGCUUGAUUGCUGAUCUGCCACUGCCAGUUCCAACAGCAGAAGCAGUACUUCAGGUUGGCCAGAAUGGACUUACUUACAAGAUGCCUGAUGUUCCUGAUACAUUUCCAGAACUCUCAGAACUAAGUGUAUCGCAGCUGACCAAUAUGAAUGAGCAAGAGGAAGUGUUACUGGAACAGUUUGUGAGUCUACCACAGCUGAAGCAAGUCAUUACUGAUAGAGAUGAGUUAGUGAAAAGCAUUGAAGAGUUGGCAAAAAAAAACUUGUUGUUGGAGCCUAGUUUAGAGGCAAAAAGACAGACAGUGUUGGAUAAAUAUGAGCAACUCACACAGAUGAAAGCAGCUUUUGAGAAAAAGAUGCAAAGACAGCAUGAACUUAGUGAGAGUUGCAGUCCAAGUGCUCUGCAAGCCAGACUGAAGGUAGCUGCUCAUGAAGCUGAAGAGGAAUCUGACACUAUUGCAGAAGACUUCUUGGAAGGCAGAACAGAAAUAGAUGACUUUCUCAGUAGUUUCAUGGAAAAGAGAACACUCUGCCACUGUAGAAGAGCCAAAGAGGAAAAACUUCAACAGGCAAUAGCAACGCACAGCCAAUUUCAUGCUCCGCUAUAGAAUUCCUGCAAACUAGACCUACCAAGAGAAGAGUGAGCAAACCCAAUAAAGCACACUUUAUAAUAACUAUUAUUUGCAAAUAAGCAUUUCAUCAUAUGUGGUUGUAUUUCUAGAGGAGAUCGUAUAGAGAGCUGGGACUGUUUUUGUACAAAUUAGAAUGUCUCUUUAUAUUCUCAUUGUACUCAAGAAAUCCUUCUAUUGCAAUCUUUGCACUAAUUUCUUGUAUUUAUUGUUGAUAGUUCUUAUUAUACUUGAGUUCCUGCUGCUAUACUCCAUUCUUCAGAGAUUAAAUAUCAAAACAUGUAAUUUUGACUAGCUUUUUACAUUUUUAUAAAAACAUGAUUCAUAUCUUUUGUAUUCUUAACUUUAAACAUAGGUUUGGCUUGAUCUGUGAAAGAGUUUGAGACAGCUGGUAAUAGGGCUUUGGAAACUGAAAUUAAUUAUUUGAGAUUGUCAGUGAAUUCACAGGCUGUUUUUUCUCGAGGCCAAAAAUGUUUAACAAUCUUUUUUUUUUAAGUAAUAAUACAAAAUUAAAUAUAGCCUGUAUUGUGUUUUGGAUAAGUAGAUUUGACUUAAGCAAAGUAUGUUUUGGAACAGAUUAUAUUGCAAUCAAUGAAAUAAAUGAUCUCUAGAUUUAGUAUGUUACUCAGCACUAAUGGAAUCUUGAUUUCAGGAGUGGCAUGCAUGGUACCUACCACUGUAAUUAAAUACAUCUUUCAUUUAGCAAUUUCAUUUUCAUACUUGGUUUUACUUGAGAAAGAAAAAAUUCAGGUCACUUCCUAGUUUUGGUGUCUCAUACAACAUGAAUACAUUCAUCAUGUGAGGAACUCAAAAGCACUUUACAAAAACUUAAUUCUGAAGUUUUGUGAAGUAGCAGUGGUUUUCUUUGUUUUUUCUUUUUUAGGAAUAAAAACUGUUUUGUCUAGGGUUACACAGUGUAUUGUGUCAAGGGCAGUGAUGAAAAUUUGGAACAGUGAGUCUUAAUCCUGUCCUUUAAUCACUGAAUCUUGUACUUAUGGGGGUUUGUAUUUGUGGGUUGUUCAUUUGGUUUUGCUUUUUUGUUAAGCUGGCCCAAAAUCUGCCAUUAGAUGUCCCAAGCAAAUAGAACUAUGAACCAAAUCAAAAAAGAUGCUUAGGUGCCUGAAGCUUGAACCAGUGCUGCUGGUUAAGUAAUGAUUUGAAGGAUAUCUCCCUCCACAUUGUUUCCACUGAGUGUGUAUAACACUGCCUGUUUAAUGACAUUGCACUUCUGCUAACACACUAACUAAAGUCCUAAUUCAAAAUGAGACCCUGUAAAAGGUUUUCUGGAUGGUCUGAGUAUUGUAAUCCCUGCAGCUCUGCAGAAGAUUUAAGAUGCACUCUUGCCAUCAGUGUUACCUUUUUGGCAAAUUCAAUCUACUUUUGCACUGAGUGUGCAAGUUGUUCUGGAUCUCUUUCUGAGUAUCUAGGUAAGAAGCUUAAAGACUGGACACACAAUUCUGCGUAGGGUUAUUUUUUUCCUUUCUCUUAACAGAGACCACCUCCUGCUGAAUGUUAUGUGAUGUGUUGUGGUGCUCUCCUAAGACUGAACUUUCUAGUUAGGUCACCUUCAGAGGAUUUGUUUCCCAAACAAGAACUAGUUCUCAACACUUCAACUUUUCCUCUUAGGCUACUCCUGUAUUUACCAAGACAGCAAACUUAUAGAUUCAGGGCUGCUUCAUGCAGUGUUUCUGAUAGCACUGAAGGAGAGUCUAGAAGAAAAUGUCAAUGUUCAAUAUCAUUUCUUAGUACGGUGUUUCUUGUUCAGGGAUGUGAAUGUUCAAGGCCCUCUCUUUUCUCCCUUUACAUGUUCUCUUGUAUUGUUGUUCCUGUUCCUACACUAACUUCUCCUGUUUUUAGCCGCUCAUGCAGUCACAAACUCUUCCCUUGAGAGAAGCACAGAAGUCUGUAUUCACUGAGGGUGUGCUGGGUUAACUACAGGUAUCCUGUAACAUGCAGGAAGGGCCAACCUGUUUCUGGUUCUCAAAGAACAAGCCAACCUAUUACUGGGUUAUAGCUCUCUCUUUUUUGAUUUAGUCUCACGCUAGUUGUGCCAAUGAUGUUGUUUUUUCUCUUAAUCUUUGGUCACCAGAAGACGUAGUAGAACACUGAUUAUGUUCUGCCAAAUAAAUAAUGGUAAGUUGUCAGGUUUCUAGCACACUAGUAGGGUUCACUGUUGAACUCUUCCCUUACCUUAUCAUGUAGAAAGGUCAAGUGGAGGUGUAACUCCAGCAUGAAACAACUUCUUAUGAAGUAUAAGAGAAUGGAAGCCACUAUUAGAUGCGUGUUCUGAAGUUUCUUAAAAUGUGUGAAGUGAGCUCUAAGCAGCUUGGAAUAGUAGGGAAUGUACAGUGAUUGGCUUCUGGAGAGAGCUGCAUUUCAUACUGAGGUGUUCUAAGUGAAACAGUGAAAUAAAUUAGCAUGAAUAUGAGAUUUAGCAUGAAAUAAAAGAACAAGGAGGUGAUGUGUCUUCACGGCUGCUGUAGUUUUUGGGGGGAGGGUUGCAUUCUGUUGUGCAACAGCUGAUUGAGUUGGCUUUUGAUAUAUUUUAACUUCUGAUCUCACUGCUAAAUGUUUUCUGUGGUUGAAUUUAAGCUUCUUAUUCCUCCCUGAGUCAACUGACUACUGAAAUCCAGAACGGAAGUCUCUGUAUAGCAAUUGUAACUGACUUUAUUUUACAGUUUCUUUGAUUUGCAAUAUAAGUCUGUGAAAUCAAGUUACUUUAGGGUGAUAUAUACUGGUGGUAUACAUAAGGUGGUAUACAACUGUGAAGUUAAUGGCACUUUCUGUUGGGGGUUAUAGAAGAAAGUUUCUAGAUUUCACAGUAUGUUUGACAUGCUAAUCUUUCUUAAAGGCAUUGACUGUCAGCUAUGUACAGCUAUGCUGGUCACAACUACAAGCAAUAGACUAUAUAAGUUCUAAGUAGUACCUAAUGUUCUUACUAUAAUUGUUGUUUGCUCUGUAAAUACUCUGCAGCUUUGUCACUUUGGACCUUGACCAAAUACAGAAAUUAGAAAUCUUUGCUAGUCUUGUUUCUGUCCAAGUUGUUUCCUUCAAAGACUAGGAAUGUUCUCUUUAGAGAGAUUUGGAGACUUUCGGGUAAAGCUGAAUUAAAACUCUGGCAACAUACUUAAGUCAGUUAUCACAGCCUUGCUGUGUACAUGACUCUGAAGAGUGAAUAAUGUGUUAAACUUGCAAAUAAAUGCUUUGGGAUUUUUAACAA